AUGGUAGCCUUAUUUUUUAUUUUUUUGUUAUUUAAGAAAUCGUUUUUUGGGGUUUAGAGGGAGAUUUCCUUUUCUUCUUCUUCUUCUUCUUCUCUCUCUCUCUCUCUCUCUAUAUAUAUAUAUGGAAUAUUAUUUUUCAUUGAAUAUUUCUUUGAGAUAGCUCAGAUUUCGUUCUCUGUAUUAGCUCUUUAGCGUCUUUUUUCCGAAGGAAGUAAAUUGAGAAAAAAAGCAUAGUAGAGAGCAGCAAUGGCGGGUCUUGCUUCUAAUACUAGUGCUUCUGCUACUGCCACUGCAAUUCCUGAUGCGAAAAAGAAUGAGAAAGUUGAUUACUUGAAUCUCCCUUGUCCUAUACCCUAUGAAGAAAUCCAUCGUGAAGCUUUGACGUCUUUAAAGCCUGAACUAUUUGAGGGGAUGCGCUUUGAUUUUAUUAAAGGACUAAAUCAGAAGUUCUCACUUAGUCACAGUUUGUCGAUGGGACCAUCGGAGAUACCUUCCCAGUCUUCUGAAGUCGUUAAAAUCCCCAUUUCUAACUAUGAGUUUGGCGCCAACUUUAUUGACCCAAAGUUGAUGCUUUUCGGGAGAGUAGCGACUGAUGGGAGGGUAACUGCAAGAGUGAAGUGCGAUUUGACAGAAAAUCUUGCUUUGAAGGCUAAUGCACAGCUUGUCAAGGAGCCACAUAUGUCACAGGGCAUGAUCCAUUUUGAUUACCAGGGCAGAGACUACAAAACACAGUUUCAAAUAGGGAAUGGUGCAUAUUUGGGGGCAAAUUACAUUCAGAGUCUGACUCCCCAUCUGUCUCUGGGUGGCGAAGUGUUUUGGGCCGGUCAGCCUCGAAGGUCUGGUGUUGGAUAUGCUGCUAGAUACAACACAGACAAGAUGGUUGCCACAGGGCAAGUUGCUAGUACAGGACUUGUCGCUCUGACCUAUGUUCAAAAAGUAUGCGAGAAGGUUUCUCUAGCAACAGACUUCAUGUACAACUACAUUACGAGGGAGGCCACAACCAGUUUUGGUUAUGAUUAUAUUCUUCGGCAGUGCCGUCUUAGAGGAAAGAUAGAUUCCAAUGGUGUGACGUCUGCUUAUCUGGAAGAGCGAUUAAGUAUGGGUCUUCAUUUUAUUCUUUCUGCAGAGUUGGAUCACAAGAGGAAAGAUUACAAAUUUGGAUUCGGAAUGACCGUCGGAGAGUAGUAGAUUAUCAGGACCUGAUGCUGUUCUGUUCUUUCUUUUUUGCUUUUAUUUUAUUUUUUUUUGGUACCCAUUAUUUCUAGUGACUAAGAGAGCUCUUAUCCGCCUUUGAUUUUUCCAACUGUUGAGUAGAAAAUCAAAUUUGUACCUUAUUCCGGGUAACAUUUUGUGGGCAGCAUCAAAUUGCAGCAAUGCUUUUUAGCAGGCACUGUUUAUGGAUAUUUAAGAUAUAAAAGAUCUUCUCUUCUUUAGCAUUGUAGAA